AUGGCAGUUCAGCCUCCCCAGAAGUCCCAGCAAGAAGGCAGCCCCCACUGCAGCCCCCAGGAAGGAGAGAAAGCAGUCGGGCUGAAGGGUGGUGGUGGCAGCCGUGGACACCUGGAUACGGAGGAGGGCCCUUACUGGACUCAGCCCCAGUGGAUGGACAAGAAGCUGCUGGCCACGCUGGCGACCCACGCCAUUUGCUCCUGCUGCCCGGUCACCGGCAACCUCACUCCUGCCAUCUCCUGGCUGAAAAACUACAAGGCGUUCCAUGCUGGGUAUCACAUCACGGCAUCCGCAUCAAGUUUAUUAUACGUCCACAAAAACCAUGCCAAAAUCUACAACUUUGAUCAAUAUGGGAAGGUCUUUACCCAUUCAUCAUUGCUUCAGCAAUAUCCAGGAAUAGAUAAUUGGGAAAGAAAUCACACCUAUAACAAGUCUUCAAUAUCCUUUAGCCAGGGCUCUACCCCAAGCUAUUACCAGGAUAUUUAUCUUGAAGACAAAAAUUAUCAAUGUCCUAAUUCUGAGAAAACCUCUAAUCAAGGCUCUAGCCAUAAACAAUAUCAGAAAAUUCAUUUUCCAGAGAACCAUUGCAAAUGUAAGAAAUGUGACAAAGUCUUUCAUCAACACUCAGAGCUUAUUUUCCAUCAGUGUAUUCAAGUUCAAGAGAAGUCUUAUGAAUGUGAUAAAUGUUUAGAAGCUUUUACCCAGGCAUCAAAUAACACUCAACCUCAAGGAAUCUAUUUUGGAGUAAAUUUAUACAGAUAUAACAAAUGUGAGAAAAUCUUUAGUCAUUCAUCAAAUCUAAAAAAAUAUGAGAUAAUCCAUAUUGAAGAGAAACCCUACAAAUGUAGUGAAUGUGGCAAAGCCUUUAAUCAUAGUUCACAUCUUACUGAACAUCAGAGAAUUCAUACUGGAGAGAAACCCUACAAAUGUAAAGUAUGCAGUAAAUCUUACACUCAUUCUUCCAGUCUUAUUCAGCAUCAGAGAAUUCACACUGGAGAGAAACCUUACAAAUGCAAUGAAUGUGGCAAAGCCUUUAAUCACAGUUCAAAUCUUACUCAACAUCAGAGAAUUCAUACCGGAGAGAAACCCUACAAAUGUGUAGAAUGUGGCAAAGCCUUUAACCGUAGUUCAGAUCUUACUGAGCACCAAAGAAUUCAUACUGGAGAAAAACCCUACAUAUGUAAAGCAUGCAGUAAAUCUUUUACUCGUUAUUCAACUCUUAUUCAUCAUCACAGGAUUCAUACUGGAGAGAAACCCUACAAAUGUAUAGAAUGUGGCAAAGCUUUCAACUAUGGUUCAAAUCUUACUGAGCACCAGAGAAUUCAUACUGGAGAAAAACCCUACAAAUGUAAAGCAUGUAAUAAAUCUUAUACUCAUUCUUCAAGUCUUAUUCAGCACCAGAGGAUUCAUACUGGAGAAAAACCUUAUAAAUGUGAAGAAUGUGGAAAAGCCUUUUACCUUAGUUCAACUCUUAGCCGACAUAAGAGAACUCACAGUAGAAAAAUUCUAUAG